GUAUCCCCUCAGGAAAAUGAACGUGGUGACAGUCGUAUACUUCGAUAAUUAAAGUUUAUUUUUAACUUUUGAGUCGACGAUCUGCCAGCAACAAUGGAUGUCUGUCCCCGUGCGUCUCACAUGGGAACAGCCCGUCGAUCGGAGAGUCCUCUGUCACGCAGCUGCUCGACAUGAACCGCGACUCGGGGCCUGGCGUCUUCCUCCGCGCCCUCUCUUCGUGAACCCGGAGCCCAUUAAGGGGAUGAGCCACCCCACUCGGGCUUGAAGGUGGUAGGCAGGCCCUGAGCCACCACAUCUCUAGGCCCGGUGAUGUCCCUGCCACCCUACGCCUCCAGAACCUGUAUAGAACUUCGACAGUGGAGUUUUGACGUCCAAGCCCUGAUGAAACUCCACUGCGAACUUUAAAACCACUUGAGGGGGUUUCCUCUCCAGAGCAUUGGAAGUGGCUUACGACAAUUUGUUCUAAAAGAUCGUCCUUCUGAUUCUUGGGACGUUUCGUUUGCCCACUGUACUGCGCAGUACGGGCAGCCAGAGAGGCAACAGAAGUUUGAUUUAAGUGGAGUUGGAAAGUUUAUAAACUUUUUUUCUGUACAGACAUAUCAAACCACCCAUCCUCUGAGGCCUUGCAAUGUAUUUUUUUCUUCUUUUCCGGGUUUAAUUGCUUUGUAAAUUUUAAAAUCAAUUGUGAUUGGGUCACUUGACGGGGUGUUUCGGGCGGGUCGAUUGCUUCGCCUCUCCGAAUAUGGCUGCACCGCGCCCUCUUUACAUUUUCCAGCGACGCAGGCGAUCCCUGCAAACUGCUGUCAAUCAUCCCGAGUAACGCCCCUCCGGACACGCCGGCCAAUCAGAGGCCCGGCGCCGGCGGCGCCCCUUCAGAUACUGAACAGCUAAUGGAUGGCCGGAACUGCCACUCAUAAUCCUGACCACUAACAGGGCCCGCAGCCCCGGCUUCGGCCCCGCCUUCUCCUUUGUCAGGUGGGGGGGAAACAUCGGCGGGGCUGUCAAUCAAAACGCGGCCCCCUAAAUUGUCGACCAAUCGCUCUGCCCGGACGCCCCAGAUCCCACCUGUCUUGGCGCGACGUCACCGCCGGGGGGCUCAUGGCGGCGCGCCAUUGGGCGCGGCGGGCGUCCAUCAGGCGCGGACGGGGCGGAAACCGGCAGCCGAUUGGCCGGCGGCGGCGCGCUCCACUUUGACCCUCUUAAAGUGAAUAAAACAUCAUGAGCGACCAGCAAGACAAUAUGGCUGCUGCGACCGCGAUUAAGCCCAGUGAAUACCUCCAGCCAGCAGCGACGCCCGCGACUGAGGAACCCCAGCCCUCGCCCCUGGCUCUGCUGGCCGCCACCUGCAGCAAGAUCGGCCCCCCGGCCACUGACACCAGCUCCUCGCCCUCCCCGGUGGCUGUCCAGGUGGUGGCUAAGAAGCUGCCACUGUUGAAGCCCGCCCCACCCCCCAACGGGCAGAACGGCGCCAACCUCAGCUUCAUCACCGCCAACGGGAAGGUCUUCCAGAUCCAGGGCCCGCAGGCGGGCAGCGCCGCCAUCAGCACCUCCGCCUCGGGCCAGCUGGUGCUGGCCAUCCAGAACCAGCCGGCGGCGGGCAAGGCCUCGCGGCCGGGCCUGCAGUACCAGGUGGUCCCUCAGGUUCAAGCCCUGGCGGGCCAGUCCCUCCAGAUCGCCAACGUCCAGCCCGGCAUGGCCGGCCAGAUCCAGCUCAUCCCGGGCCCCAGCCAGGCCUUUGUCACCGCCGCGCCGGUGGUCAGCGCCGCCAAGGCGGUGCAGGUGAAAUCGGCCGCCUCCCUCCCGGUCCAGGUGCAGAGGGUCGGCGGGGCGGCACUGCAGACCCCGGGCAACGUGAUCAAGCUGGCGGGCGGGGGCAACGUAGCCCUCUCCCUGCCCGUCGGCAGCUUGGUGGGGGACGGGGGCGCGGUGCAGCUGGCCGGGGACGCGGGGGGCCUGGCCAAGGCCGGCAAGCGGCUGCGGAGGAAGUCGGCCGGGGGCCCCGCCUCCUCUCCCUCCUCGUCGGCCGAGGCGGUCACCCUGGUGGAGGCCGCGCCGGGCGGCAUCCUGCAGACGGGGGCCAACAUGGUACUGCUGCAGAGCGCUGGCUCUGGCGUCCUGCAGGUGGUGCAGCAGCGGCCGGAGCCUGCCGCGCCCGCCAUCCCCCAGCAGGCCAUCCGCGUGGUGCAGGCGGCCUCCAUGAGCGGACACACCCUCCCCACCGUCCCGCAGAAGCCCCAGCAGCCGCCGCCGCCGCAGGCCCCGACGGCCUUCCAGGCCCAGCCCGGCGAGGCCGCCCCCGUCAUCAUCCGGGCCCAGCCCGUCUCCUCCUCGGCCCAGCUGAGCUGGCAGGCCCUGCCCGUGAAGAGCGCUGCCGCCCUGCAGCCGGCCCCCAGCCCCUCGGGGGCCGGCGGCCUGCCCCGCAUCGCCCCGGCCGGGGGCGGGAAGAGAUCGGCGGCCGGCUCCAGCAUCCGGAAGGGGAACGCCCUGCCCAGGAUCGCCCCGGCCGGGGGGCCGAUCAACCUGAACGCCACGCAGUUUGCCUCCGGCCACUCGAUACAGACCAUCAACAUCAACGGGCUCCAGGUGCCUGGCGUCCCAGUGACCGUCACCAACGCUGCAGGGCAGCAGCAGCUCAGCGUGCAGGCGGGGGUGGUGUCGCCGGUGUCCGCCAACAACAUCACCAUCACCGGGCUGAGCCCCAACCAGCUCAGCCAGCUGCAGGUGGAGCCCGCCCUGCCGGCCGACGAGAUGGCCGGCCAGACAGCCUCGCAGAGCAAGAAGAUGAAGCGAGUGGCCUGCACCUGCCCCAACUGCAAGGACGGCGACAAAAGGAGCAACGAGGUGGGGAAGAAGAAACACAUCUGCCACAUUCCAGGCUGUGAGAAGGUGUUCCGGAAAACGUCGCUACUGCGUGCCCACGUCCGCCUACACACGGGGGAGCGCCCGUUCGUCUGCAGCUGGGUCUUCUGCGGAAAGCGAUUCACCCGCAGCGACGAGCUACAGAGACACGCCCGGACUCACACAGGUGACAAGCGCUUCGAGUGCGGACAGUGUCACAAGCGGUUCAUGAGGAGUGACCACCUGACCAAACACUACAAGACGCACCUCAACACCAAGAACUUGGUCUGAAACCCUGUGGGACAGUCGGGAGACGCAGUCUCCGUAGAACCACGGAAGUCGAAACCCUUUUGGAAAAAAAAGAUUUUUUUUUUUGUUUCCGUUUCUUCGCAUUUUUAAACGAAAGAGACAAAAAAAAGAAAGACUCUCUCCCCCCACCCCCACCCCCCCCUCCUUUGCCCCACCCCACGCCGGAGAGAGGGAGGAAAUGGAGCUGUUUUUCGCCAAUGCUCUCCCUGCACCAGAGAAGCGGGCGGAACUGUAGUCGCUGCGGUAAGCCAGGUUACCAGUGAGAGGGGCGCGGGCACGGAGAGUGCACUGGAUUGUGGGUGCCAGGGUGAAGGCCAAGCUGGAGAAGAUGAGAAGGGGCAAAGUUCAGGAAAAGUCUAGUCUCCGUCUUGGUUUGUUGUGUCCAUUCCUUGCUCUGUAACACAGUCAUAGUUUUGCUGAUGUCUCCUGAUGAUAAGAUGCCUUAGAUUUUCAUUCACAAUAAUGAGGGCUUUGUCUUACGAUUUGAGCAGAGGCUUUCAAAUAGACACUUUGCUUUUUUUUUAAAAAAAAAUUGUCGACAAAAAAAAAGUUUUCUUUUCUCCGAAUGUGAUUCUGCCGCAGGAUCAUGAAAUAAUAUGUCCAAAUGAUGCAUCUUUGGACAAAAAAAAUGACGUGGAAGUUUAAAAAAAUGUUUUUUUUUUAAUAUGUAUUGAUUUUUAAAUGAAAUAUGGGAUUAUAGUACCCUGCGAUGUUUAAUAGAGUCGAGACCAUAGCGUUCACAGUUGUUUACAGAGAAAUCUUGGUUGUAUUUUUGAGCUGUGAUUGGAGGCAAAUCGGAUUUUAUUUUAGUAUGUUUUGGAUGUUAUAAGAUGACUGGUAAUAAAUUUCUUAACUGGUGAUAAAAGUCGUGGGUAGGAAUGGGGGUAAGCGUGGACGCUUCAGUCAGACCCCACAACAUCCUGAACGACAGCUUGGAUCUCCAAAUCAGACCAUGAGACAUGGGAGGAGAAUUCUUCCCGUCCACUCUAUCUUGGCCUUUCAAUAUUCAGUCGGUUUCAAUAAGAUUCCUUCCCACCUCACGCACCCCCCCCCCCACGCUCUUCUAAUAAACUCCAGCGGGUACAGGCCCAGAGCUAUCAAACGCUGCUCGUACGUUAACCCUUCCAUUCCUGGAGUCGUUCCCGCGAACCUCCUCUGUGCGACCUCUCUUUUCUCAGACAAGGGCCCCAAAACCGCUCACAGUACUCCAAGUUGAUGUUGAUAAAGCUUCAACAUCACAACCUUGUUUUUAUAUUCUAGUCCUCUCGAAAUGAAUGUUUAACGUUGCAUUUCCCUUCCUCACCACCGACUCACCGGGAGGGAUCCCGCAGGAGGACUCCCAAGUCCCUUUGCACCUCAUAUUCCGAAUUUUUUUUCCCCCUGUUUAGAAAAUAGUCUUUGCCUUUCAUCCUUCUACCAAAAUGCAUGACCACACACUUCCCUGCACUGUGUUCCAUCUGCCCUUCCUUUGUCCAUUCUCCUAAUCCAUCCAAAUCCUUCUGCAGGCUUCCUGCUUGCUCAACAGUACCUGCCCCUCCAUCUCUCAUGUCGUCCAUAAACUUGGCCACGACGCUAUCAAUUCCGUCAUCCAAAUCGUUGCCAUACAACGUGAAAAGAAGUGGUCCCAACAUCAAUGCCUGAAGGACACCACUAGUCAACGGCGGCCAAGCAGAAAGGGCCCGCUUUACUCCCACUCUUUGCCUCCUGCCAGUCAGCCAACCUUCUGUCCAUGCUAGUAUCUCUUCUGUAAUACCAUGGGCUCUUGUUCAGCAGCCUGCUGAAAACCUUAAGUAAAUAACGUCUGCUGGCUCUCCUUUGUCUACCCUGCUUGUUAUUUCCUCAAAGAGUUCCAACAAGAUUCGUCAGGCGAGAUUUCCGCUUUACAAAACCCUGCUGACUCUCGGCCUAUUUCGUCACGUGCUUCCGAGUAAGUCCUCAUCCUUGAUGAUGGAUAGUGGAUCUCCAUUAUCAUCAACGCCAUUCCCAACCACUCGG